UGAAAUUGGGGAAAGCAAAAUCGCGGGAAUUCCAAAUGCCCUGGCACCGAUAUCGCGUCCGCCACGCAACGCGCCGCACUCUCCCAUCGUCCUAAGUAGCAGCGGCGGAGCUCAGCAUGCUCCUCCUCCUCCUCCUCCUCCUCCUUCCCGCGCCUCACUAGGGUUUAACUUUAACAAAAACUCCAAACCACCGCCCAUCCCCUGUUUCCUCCAUUUCUCCCUACUCCCCCACCCCUCCUCCUCCCUCCGACUAGGGUUUCGGAGCCCUCGGGGGAAAGCAAAGUAGAGCACUGGGAGAGAGCUCGAAGAGGGUUGGGCGAAAGAGCUCGAGCGGCAGGAGCCAUGGUGUCCCCGCGGGAGCUCCUCUCGACGAUCGAGGACGCGCUCCUCGGGCCCGCUCCUCCCACCCCGACCCAGCGGAUCGAGCUCAUGCACGCCAUCCGCAGUUCCCUCCCCGCUCUCCAAUCCCUCCUUUCCUAUCCGGGCCCCAAGGCAUCUGAUCGGGCUCAAGUGCAGUCCAAAGAGGUUCGGCUUCCCGAUUCGCCACCAAUCUCGCUCGACGACACGGAUGUGAAGAUUGCAUUGAAACUGAGUGAUGACCUCAAUCUCAAUGAAAUUGAGUGUGUUCGUUUGCUCGUUGAUGCUAAUCGAGAGUGGAUUCUGUAUGGACGAGAGCCACUGGAGAUAUUUCGUCUUGCUGCGGGCCUUUGGUAUAUGGAGAGGAGAGAUCUUAUAACCUCUUUGUACAUUCUUUUACGGUCUGUUGUACUUGAUCAGGGGCUGGAUGGUGGCCUUGUGGCUGAUAUUCAAAAACAUAUGGAGGAUCUAUUUAGCUCUGGUCUCAGGCAGCGGCUAAUUAUGCUUAUAAAAGAACUAAAUCGUGAAGAACCUGCUGGUGUCGGCCAUCAGAAUGCUGAACGGUAUGUCCUGGACUUCAGAGGUGCUCUUGUGGAGCGACGUGCUGUAGUGCUGCGGGAGAGACUGAGUUUGAGUCACUGCCUUGCAUUAUCAGUCCUUAUUAUAAGGAUGAGUCCUAAAGAUUUAAAAGAUGUGCUAUCAACUUUGAAGGAUUGUGCAGCUGAUGUUGAUGAAAAUACUACAGUACAAUUGCAGAUCACAUUCGGUGUUCUCUUUUCCCUUGUAAUAGCUUUCAUCUCUGAUGCUCUAAGAACAUCCCCUGAUACGGCAUCCACGUUGUCAUCUGAUGCCUCCUUCAGACAUGAAUUUCAUGGAUUAGUGAUGAGUGCUGGUAACAAUACAAAUAUUGAGGGGUUUGUUCAUGUAGUGCGACUUGCAUGGGCUGUACAUUUGAUGUUAACUCAAGAUCAAAGUACUAUGACAGAUGCUCCAUCGAGUGCUUCUUCCAGGGACUUGGCAAAUAUUUGCUCAUGUCUCGAAGUUAUUUGCUCAAACAAUGUCUUUCAGUUUUUACUGGGAAAUGUUAUCAAAACUGCUGCUUAUCAGAAUGAUGAUGAGGACAUGGUUUAUAUGUAUAAUGGGUACUUACACAAGCUCAUGAUGUGCUUUGUUUCACACCCACUUACUAGGGAGAAGGUGAAGGAAAUGAAGGAGAAAGCCAUGAGUGCCCUUAGUCCUUACAUCUCUCCAAGGUUGGAUGAUUUUAGAGAUAUUAAUAAUCUAAAAGAAGGUUCUCCUGGAAGUACUCAGCCUUUUGUAUCUUUAUUGGAAUUGGUUAGAGAAAUCUAUCAGAAGGAGCCUGAGUUGCUGCAUGGCAAUGAAGAGUUAUGGACAUUUGUCACCACUGCUGGGGAAGAUCAUACUAAUAUUGAAACUCUUGUAGCUUUCUUGAGACUUCUUAGCACUCUGGCUUCUAAUGAAGAAGGUGCUUCAAGAGUUUAUGAGUUGCUCAAUGGUAAAGUGUUUCGGUCAGUUGGGUGGAGCACCUUGUUUGACUGCUUAUCUAUUUACGAGGAGAAGUUUAAACAGGCUCUCCAAUCUUCUGGGACCAUGUUGCCUGAUUUUCAGGAGGGUGAUGCAAAAGCACUUGUUGCUUAUUUGGAUGUUCUUAAGAAGGUAGUUGAAAAUGGAAAUCCUACUGAAAGAAAAAAAUGGUUCUCAGAUAUUGAACCAUUAUUUAAGCUUCUUGGUUAUGAGAGUGUGCCCCCAUAUCUAAAGGGAGCUUUGCGAAAUGCUAUUACAGCAUUUGUCAAAGUUUCACCUGUCCAGAGAGAUACUAUCUGGAGUUUCCUUGAGCAAUAUGAUCUUCCCGUAGUAGUUGCUCCUUCAGUUAGCAGUGGACAACAUAUAACCACACAGAUUUAUGACAUGCGAUAUGAGCUGAAUGAAUUUGAAGCCAGGAGGGAAAGGUAUCCGUCUACAAUAUCCUUUCUUAACUUGAUAAAUGCUCUUAUUGCGGAGGAGCGAGAUGUAAGUGAUAGAGGAAGAAGAUUUGUAGGCAUCUUUAGGUUUGUUUAUGAUUAUGUCUUUGGGCCCUUUCCUCAAAGGGCGUAUGCUGAUCCUUGUGAAAAAUGGCAGCUGGUUCUUGCUUGCCUCGAGCACUUUCGGUUGGUUUUGAGCAUGUACGACAUCAAAGAUGAGGAUAUUGCAAGUGCUAUUGACAUGAAGCCGUCAAUGCCUCAUGCUUCCUCUGUUGAGACACAGAUCCCUGUGCUAGAGCUGUUAAAAGAUUUCAUGAGCGGUAAAAUCGUCUUUCGCAAUAUCAUGAGUAUCAUUUUGUUGGGUGUGAAUACCAUUAUCAAUGAGCGGACAACUCAAAUAUAUGGCAUAUUAUUAGAGAGAGCUGUACAUCUUUCACUGGAAAUAAUUGUUCUUGUUAUGGAGAGGGAUUUGGUUCUCUCUGACUUCUGGCGUCCAUUAUACCAGCCCUUGGAUGCCAUAUUAUCUCAAGAUCAUAGACACAUAGUUGCGUUGCUGGAGUAUGUACGAUACGAUUUUCUACCUCAGAUUCAACAGUGCUCGAUAAAGAUCAUGAGCGUCUUAAGUUCGAGAAUAGUUGGCCUUGUACAGUUAUUGUUGAAAGCAGAUGCUGCAAAAUCUCUUGUUGAGGAUUAUGCAACUUGUUUGGAGUUACGUUUUGAUGAGUGUCAGAUCAUAGAGAACACAAAAGAUGAUGUCGGUGUUCUUAUUUUGCAGCUUCUUAUUGAUAAUAUCAGCCGUCCUGCACCAAACAUCACUCAUCUGCUUCUGAGAUUUGAUGUUGAUAGUUCUGUGGAUCGGACAACAUUACAGCCAAAGUUCCAUUACAGUUGUUUGAAGGUUAUACUUGAUAAUCUCGAGAAAUUAUCCAAACCAAAUAUUAAUGCUUUACUGCAUGAGUUUGGUUUCCAGCUUCUCUAUGAAAUAUGUGUAGAUCCAUUAACUUCUGGCCCUAUAAUGGAUCUUUUGAGUACAAAAAAGUACCAGUGCUUUUCAAAGCACAUUGAAACUUUUGCUGUUGCUCCACUCCCCAAAAGAAACAACAAUCAGGCUCUUCGCAUCAGUACACUCCAUCAGAGGGCAUGGCUGUUAAAGCUAUUAGCAUUGGAGCUACAUCUUGCUGAUAUGGCUUCAUCUACACAUUGGGAAACAUGCCUAGCUAUUCUUUCUCAUACUUUUCUUCAAUGCGCUGCUGAGAGAUGGAGUCCAAACAAUUUGCAAACUUUUGAGGCAGAUCCUAACCUUGUUCGAAAUAGGCCAAUCAAUAGAAAAAAGGUGUUGGAAUUGCUUGAAGUUAUCCAGUUUAGGUCUCCUGACACUUCUAUGAAAUAUCCACAGCUUCUUUCUAAUUUAAAAUAUGAUGCGAAGGUUGAAGAUAUACUGAGAAAUCCUGCAACAUCGGAAUCCGGUGGCAUAUAUUAUUAUUCAGAGCGGGGUGAUCGACUGAUUGACCUUGAUGCACUUCAUGAAAAACUUCUGCAGAUGUCUCGAGAAUUGAGCUCUCGUCUGAAUGAGGUCGAGAAGGCUGAGCUAAGAGAGUCAUUCCAUCAUAUGUUGAAAUGGUGUUGGAGAUACAACAAAAAUCUUGAAGAACAGGCAGCACAGCUGCACAUGUUAACUGGAUGGUCUCAGAUUGUUGAGGUUGCUGUAUCUAGAAGAAUGUCUCUCCUUGAAGAUCGUUCUCAAUUAUUGUUUGAGUUGCUUGAUGCUUCGUUGAGUGCAACAGUAUCUCCAGAUUGCUCGGUAAAAAUGGCAGUAAUCUUAACCAAUGUAGCACUCACUUGUAUGGCUAAACUUCGGGAUGAAAGAUUCUUAUGUCCUGCUGGCUUUGAUUCUGAUAGUGUAACAUGUCUUGACAUUAUCUCGGUUAAGCAGUUGUCUAAUGGUGCUUGUCAAUCUAUAUUGUUUAAGCUUAUGAUGUCUAUUCUUAGAAGUGAAUCAUCAGAAUCUUUGAGAAGACGACAAUAUGCUUUACUUCUGAGUUACUUUCAAUACUGUCGGAGUUUUCUUGACCCAGAUGUACCACCGUCAGUUUUGCGCUUCUUGCUUUCUGAAGAAGAAGAUGGAGAAGAUGAGCUGAAUCUUCAAAAGAUUGACAAGGAGCAAGACGAGCUAGCCCGAGCCAAUUUCACCAUAAUAAGAAAAGAGGCUCAAGCUAUCAUUGAUCUGAUAACGAAGGAUGCCGUUCAAGGCAGCGAAGCUGGGAAGGCUAUUUCAUUUUAUGUUCUUGAUGCAUUCAUUAGUAUUGACCAUGAAAAGUUUUUCUUAAGCCAGCUGCAAAGUAGAGAAAUUCUCAAAUCAUGCAUGAGAGAAAUCAGUAAUUUAUCUCUGAAGGAUGCUUCAGGCUCUUUGGAUUCUCUUCAGCGCUUUUGCACUAUUGAGGCUCAAUUGUCUUUGCUCCUGAGAAUUGGCCACAACUAUGGCAAGCAUGGCUCUCAGAUUCUAUUGUCCAUGGGUGCUUUGGAACAUCUAGCAUCAUGCAAGGUUUUGGCUUUGCAGAGCAAGGGAAGUUCAAGGUUGGUUAGUCAUAACAAAAGCAAAGAUAGAGCUGGGGAGACUGACAAGGAGAAGUUGCUUGUAUCUCCAAUUCUGAGAUUGGUCUCAUGCCUGGCAUCAUUAGUUGACUCAUCAGAUUUUCUGGAGGUGAACAAUAAAAUUGUUCGUGAGGUUUUGGAAUUUGUAAAGGAAAAUCAGGCAAUUUUUCAUCAUAAUUUAAAGGGAGAUAUCUCUGGAGCUGAUGAGUUCACAUUGGAGCGUGUUAAUCUUGUUGUCUCUAUACUCAGCAAGGUUUGGCCAUAUGAAGAAGAUGAUCAUUAUGGAUUUGUUCAUAAACUUUUUACCAUGAUGCACUCUCUUUUUAAUAUGGAUGCUCAACCUUCCAAUUUUAUGCAAUCGUCGGAUUUUCUUGAGCAGAACCAGAAGAGGACUGAGCUAAUAAUGUUCCGUAUAUGCUUUGGCCUGAGCUCUUACCUUUAUUUUCUCAUCAGGAAGAAGCUUGUGACAUUGCAAGUUUUAAAUUCUGAUGGUGAUCUGAAUAGGCAGCCACCUACCUUAGAAUCGCUCUUGGCUCUUCUUAACUCAAUAGCAAUUACUCUUGAAAGUGCAGGGGAAGAAAAAAUUUUGUUGCUCAACAAGAUUCGAGACAUUAACGAACUUCCAAGACAGGAUGUAGAUGAAAUAAUCAAAGUAUGCAUGAGGCAAGAUUGCAUCUCUUCUUCUGAUGAUAUUCGUAAGAGGAGAUACAUUGCGAUGAUAGAGAUGUGCCACAUGGUUGGGAAUAGGGAUCGCCUCAUUACUCUCCUGCUCCAGCUUGCUGAGUGUGCUAUCAACAUCAUUCUUAUUCAUUUUCAGGAUGACAAUACUGAUCCACAAGAUCUUUCUUUGUUUUGUGGGAAAUUGCAUCCUAUUCUGGAAAGACUAGAGCAGUUCAAAGAGGAUAAGAUUGGGCAGAAUCUCAAGUUAUUCCAUAGAUCUUUAAGUACCCUCAAAGAGAUGUCUAUCAGAAAAAUGGCUUUGUAAAAGAUCUAAAGAAAGCCUUUCAGUUAGAUUGUCUUUUGCUGUAUGAACCCUUUGUUGCCACGAGACAUCCAGCCUCCUAUUGACGGGAUUUUGAGGGAGAAAAACCAACCAACUAACGAACGAACGAACAGAAAAGGUUAUUAGCUGGGGUGGGUUCGUAUAUGGUUGUUGGUAUUGUGGGUAUUCUCAGAAUUAGUAGGUUCAUUCUCGGCAGCCACAUCAUUGGUGUACAUUGUGUUUGUUGCCAUAAUUAUUCUUUUUCCUGGCAUGUUUAAGUAAUUUUAAAAAAUGGUUUGAUACCCAUCCAUUCUUUU